AUGGCUUUCAAUCCCAUUGUCUGGCUCUACACUCUGGUUCAAUGGCUGCUAGCUAGAAUAUUCUCCCCAAACCCGCCCGCUCCCGGCGCCCAACUACGACGACCAAAGAUUGCGGUCAUCGGGGGUGGCUUGACUGGUGUUUCCGCCGCAGCACAUUGUGUUGGUCAUGGAUUCGAAGUGACCUUGUUCGAAGCUCGGGGCAAGGAUCAUCUUGGUGGCAUCUGGUCCGACACUUCCGGGCUCCAGAUUCACAGUGUAAUGUAUCGGUUCCAUCCUUCUGUACGGUGGGACCGUGGAUAUCCGAAACAGAAUCAGAUUGUGGACCAGGUCCGGCAACUCUGGCACCGCUACGGUCUUGAUGAACGGACGAGGUUCAACGUCCAAGUCGAAAAGAUUUACAAGGAUAAACUCGACCGCUGGAUAAUCAACGACCCCUCGAACGGGAGAUUUGAAGGAGUCAUCCCGGCCAUUGGGACCUGCGGUGCACCCAAGAUGCCCCAUCUUCCAGGCCAGGAUAGGUUCAAGGGGAAGAUCGUCCAUUCGUCCAGACUUGACCACGAGGAUGCCAGUGGCAAAAAGAUCCUCAUUGUAGGCGGCGGUGCCAGUGCGGUCGAGGCGUUGGAAUGGGCGGUCGAUACCGGCGCGGCAGAGAUCAAAGUGCUUGCGAGGAGUGAUAAAUGGAUCAUCCCCCGCAAUGGUUUCGUGGAUGCCCUCCUGUCCUUCAACAUCUUUGGCCAGGAGACUCUCCUGUCGUGGAUCCCCGAAACCCUUCUACGGGUCUUCUUCUACCGCGACCUCAAAGAUAUUGCACCGACCGACCAAGGUCUUUUCACCGAGACGCCGAUGGUCAACAGCGAGAUCUUCAAUCAGAUCAGGGCCGGAAAAGCGUCGUGGCUCCGAGGGGACAUCGAGGAGGUUGAGGACAACGGCAUCGUCUUCAAUCGCCGGGCCAAGGGAGUGCCAAAAGGCGGACCAGGCCAUCAUACACUGGUGGAAGGGGACAUGAUCAUCAUGGCCACCGGUUACAAGCGGCCCAGUCUCGACUUUCUACCAGAGCAGUGCUUCGAGCCAGGCUACGAACCACCGCGCUGGUUUAUCCAGUGCUUUCCUCCCACCGAACCAUCCAUCUGUGCGAUCAACUCGACCUACGUCAACGCCAUUGGCACUGUGGGAAAUUAUCACAUUGGCAUCUACACCCGCAUGCUGCUCAUGUUUCUCGUCGACCCCUUGACCACUCCACGGACGUGGUGGAUGAAAAGAUGGGUCGAUUUCACCAGCACCGUCAAGGCUUUGGCGCCCACCAAAGCAUUCGACUUCUUCACCUACUCGGAGCUGCUGUACUGGUUCUGUUUCGUCACGUUGAUCAACCCAUUCCGGUGGAAGUGGGCAUUUUUUGUGCUGUUUGGAAUUGGCAAGCAUCUGCCAGCAAGUAUCGUAGAGAAGGAAGACAAGCUGAGGAACGGGCUCGGGUACCGCAAGAGCAAGAUGGACGAGUAG